UGUACGCUUGCGCAAAUGUCACAGCGCGAAAAAUUCAAACAAAAUGGCGGAUGCUGGGUCCACCAAAGUUGGAACACCCAGAAGUAGCGCUAGAUGUCCGAUUGCUGUUCAUAGUAAGCAUGCUUUGGAUAAACUUGUUAAUGGAGUCACCAGUGCAAUUCAAGAGGUCAUUGGCAAACUAACAGACUUAGACGAUGAACAGAAAGAACACUUGAAUAUUCGUUAUACAGAGAUAUAUCAAAAUAUUAUUCAUGACAAUGUGUUAAUUAAUGGCAAGAGUUGGCAUGAAGCUGAAGAUGUCAAUGAUGAUACCGUGGAAUUUGAGCCGCUUGAUAUGGAUCUCCAGAGGACUGUGGAUCAGCAGAUACUUGAAAUUGAUGACACUAUUGUUAGUUUAACCAAAAAACGAAAAAAAUAUCCUAAAAAAAUCACCCAGUGUCUGAGAGAUGUGCAUAAUUGUUAUCAAAGAAUGUUGGAAGAAUAUAAACCUGAAAUUCCACAACAAGUCAUAGGUGAAGAAAGCAGACUUGAUCCAACUGUUGAAGCUCAAAUGAUGGAUAGAAUAUCAUCCGUAUCGAAAAGUGCAUCAGUUUUAAUGAAAAAGUCAUUGCAAGACACUGUAGCCAAACUGGAAAGAACAACGAAAGCAGUUGAGAUGCAACAAUCCAUAGAGAAAAGUAAGACAAUCAAAGUACUUGAGAAACCCAUGGACCCUGAUGUCAUCUUAUCUGCAUCAUUGACACCUUUGAAGAAAAUGUUAGAAGAAACGCCCACACCACCACCCGCGAAGAAAGCCAAGGGAUUGAAACGAGAACUAAAUUAUAAAAAACUUCAUACACAUUCAAUAACUGACUACAAUCUGAGGUGUACUACCAUAAAAAGAAAACUUCGAACCACUCCCAGAAGAACAGUAAAAUAUACCAUUUGA